AUGGAGCUUCAGGAAAAGGAUUUUCACCAUCCUUAUUCGCCUUAUGACAUCCAAAUCCAGUUGAUGCGGGCGCUCUACACCUGUAUCGAGCAGGGAAAGGUCGCGAUUUUCGAAUCGCCUACUGGUGAUGACGAUGAACCUGAAUGGAUGUUAGACUUCACUAAACGUGAGUCGAGCCGUGUUAUGACGGCGAAGAGGAAAGAGUUCGAAGAAAGACUGGAAAGGACGAAGAAAGAAGAAGAAAAGCAAAGAAUCGCACUCAAGAAUGCCGGAGGGCCUCGGAAAAAGCAGAGGUUCAGUACACCAUCGACUAGUUCUCAUGAGCUAAACGAAGAUCACUUUGCACUCGACGAAUACGACAGCGAAAACGAAGAGCUUAACACGUCCCGGGAGGGACUGGGCCAUUCUAGUGGACUCUCUUCUAGCACGCUAGAGUUAUUAGAAAGGUUUAAAGGGCAGUUCUCGGGCUCUAAGCCAGGAAGUGAAGAUGACGAAAAUGACGAAGUCAAGAUCUUCUAUUGCUCGAGGACGCACUCCCAGUUGACCCAGUUUGCCAGUGAACUGAGGCGUGUCACAAUGCCAUCAAGUGUACCCAAGGAAUUGAGUGCUGGCUUAACUGGGGAUGAAGAGCUCGAGGAGCGUCUGAAGCAUGUCACUCUCGGUUCUCGAAAGAACCUGUGCAUCAACCCAGAUGUUAGUUCGCUGGCAAAUGCAACCGCGAUCAAUGAACGUUGCUUGGAUCUUCAGCAACCCGGUGUGGCUCCUCAGCAUAAGUGUCCAUUUCUGCCAUCGAAAGAAGACGAGCAACAAGUUCUUCGGUUCCGAGAUCACGCAUUGGCCACAGUGAAAGACAUCGAAGACCUAGGGAAUCUUGGCAAAAAGAUCGGGAUAUGUCCGUAUUAUGCAUCCCGCUCGGUUGUCAAGCAUAGCGAGGCCCUUAAUAUAUCCGUUAAGGACCAUGUCAUAAUCAUCGAUGAAGCUCACAAUCUGAUAGAUGCAAUAUCCAACAUUCACUCUGUGACGGUGACGCUUGUGCAGCUUCAGACCGCUCUCUCCCAGUUGACCAUCUAUGCUCGCAAAUUUAAAACUCGCCUGAAAGGGAAGAACCGAAGCUAUGUUGCCCAGAUUAUCCGGCUCAUUGGUUCGAUCACCGCUCAUCUUCGGUCGAUCCUCGAAAGCGAAAAGGCACCUGAAGGCCCUGUUAUGCCUUCUGAUCUUAUGUCCGGAAAGGGUGUCGAUCAGAUCAAUCCCUAUAAAUUGAGUCGAUAUCUACAGGAAAGUAAGUUGGCGAGGAAGGUUGAUGGAUACGUCGAGUUUUCCAAGGACAAGUCAGACAGGCAGGCGACUGGAAACCCCACAGUACCUGUAUUGUUUCACAUACAGGGUUUCCUCCUAUCAUUAAUGAACCCUUCGGCCGAAGGACGGCUGUUCUACAUGAAGGAUCAGGGCGAUAUUCAAUUGAAGUAUAUGCUUCUGGACCCUACCAAUCAAUUCCGUGAAAUUGUCGAAGACGCAAGGGCCGUCAUACUAGCAGGUGGUACCAUGUCACCUAUGACUGACUAUAUGAACCAUCUUUUCUCCUAUGUCCCAGCCAACCGGUUAGACACCUUCAGCUACGGCCAUGUCAUCCCAUCCGGUAACCUUAUUGCUCACGCACUAGUACGAGGAGUUCAGGGUUCGGAGUUUGACUUCACCUAUGACACCCGUGAUUCCGAGAAAAUGAUCCUUGACCUUGGACGGACAAUAGCUACGCUCUGUCAUGUCAUACCGGACGGCGUGGUUGCCUUCUUCCCUAGUUACGAAUAUCUGGGACGAGUCUUGAGUAUCUGGAAUAAGCCAAUACUAGGCGAGCAAGGACAAACUGUAUAUGACCUGAUUGCAGGGAAAAAGUCCAUCCUAUCCGAGUCCCGAGACAUGACAGUCACGACCGAGGAGCUGCUCCAAACGUAUGCGAGCACCAUCGAUGCAGGCAGAGGUGCGCUCCUCUUGUCCGUUGUGGGCGGCAAGCUGUCAGAGGGAAUUAAUUUCUCCGACAAGCUUGGACGGGGCGUGUUGAUUGUUGGGUUGCCAUUUCCAAAUAUCCGGAGUGCGGUCUGGCAGGCUAAAAUACAAUACAUCGAACAGAAAACACAGCAGCAAGCUACCGGCACUGAGGCAAGCCGGCAGUCAGCCGCAAGAGCGGCAGGGAGGGACUACUAUGAGAACUCCUGCAUGCGCGCGGUAAACCAGUGUAUUGGGCGAGCUAUCCGGCAUCGGAAUGACUAUGCAGCGAUUGUUCUGAUCGAUAGACGUUAUGAAAAGCCGGGUGUGCAAGCCAAGCUACCGGCCUGGAUCAAACAAAGUAUGGUAAAGAGCUCGGUUCAACGGCCUGCAGGUGCUACUGUUCAUAGUCUGGCCAAGUUCUUUGCGAGCAACACCGUCGACAAGAUGCCUACCCGUUUCUCGAAGACCAGAAAGGCCCGCGGUCAUGUCUCGGCCGGUUACGGUCGUAUUGGCAAGCACCGUAAGCAUCCCGGUGGUCGUGGUAUGGCCGGUGGUCAGCACCACCACCGGACCAACCUUGACAAGUACCACCCCGGUUACUUCGGUAAGGUCGGAAUGAGAUACUUCCACAAGACCCAGCAGCAGUUCUGGAAGCCCACCAUCAACCUUGACAAGCUGUGGUCUCUCGUCCCCGCCGAGAAGCGUGAUGCCUACCUGAGCGGCCAGAAGACCGACACCGCCCCCGUCAUCGACCUCCUUCCCCUCGGUUACUCCAAGGUUCUCGGCAAGGGCCGUCUCCCCGAGGUCCCCAUCGUCGUCCGUGCUCGCUACUUCAGCCGGGAUGCUGAGGAGAAGAUCAAGGCUGCCGGUGGUGUUGUUGAGCUCGUUGCUUAA